AGGGAAGUGGGCUGGAAAGGGAAGUGGGUCGCAAGGACAGUGGGGAUCACUUCCAAAAAAACCUGGGAGUUUGGAGCUAACAGGGAUCUAUUCCUUCCUGAAGCUGUGCAAGGCACAAAGCAGGAGUCCCCCCCUCCCAUGCAUCACCCCACUGGCUGCCUCUCUAGCCAGACAAAGCCCAUUUUCCAGAGACUCCCACCUACCUGGUAGUUAGCAAAGUCAUGUGGCUACAGCACUUAAUUAAUAAAAAGCUGAUAUAAAUCCCAGUAAACAUGUGGGGAGGAGGACACUGAGGCAGAGAGCGGUAGCAGCGCUUCCAGCAAGCUCAGUGGAGCAGCGGAGAGCAAUCCCCCUCUCUGCUGGGAGAGGUUGUCCCCCAGGACCAUGCUGAACGUGCUGCUGCUGUGCUGUGGGCUGCUGCAGGGGAUCCAGGCUGUCCUGGAUCUCAGGACUGCUGACCUCAGCUGUGGCCACCUGCAGAAGGCGAGCGGCGGGCUGGAGCGGGUGGACAGAGCCCGCCAGGCCAGCCUGCAGCGGAAAGGCAAGGAGGUGUCUGCAGAGCCGGCAGUCUCUCUGUAUCUCGCAGGAGCUCUCCCAAGGCUGGGGUUUGAGCAGAUGGCCCUGGGGGUCCAAGAAGCUGAUGGUGACCUCAUGCAGAGAGGCAGCCUGCUGGAACCACAGGCAUCAUCCACAGAACUGCAAGCUGAGGGCCGUGAGGAGCGCUCCCCCCGCCGCUGCGUCCGUCUCCUGGAGUCCUGCCUCGGCCACCAGAUCCCCUGCUGUGACCCCUGUGCCACCUGCUACUGCCGCUUCUUCAACGCCUUUUGCUACUGCAGGAAAAUCAGCACCAACUUCCCCUGCGGCAAGAACUAGCGCCCGUGGGGCUGCCAGCUCCUCGCCCCUGUGUGCGCCUCCUUCUCUGCAGCUCCAAUAAACCAGCCCUUUGCAAAAGCCAUGGCAGAGUGGGAAUGGUGUGACGCGUCCGCUCGGGCUCUCAGGGGGUGGCAGCAAGGUGAGGGUGGCCUGUGCACAGCUGGGCAGUGUCCACACAGCUGACACCCCAGGACACAUCCACGUCAAAUCAGAUGUGCCUCUUCUGGCUGUGUAAGUGCUGUUUCAGCAGCAGGGGCACCCCAGGUGAAGUUCUGGCUAUGCUGCUGUUACCCACAAAAUCGAGCUCGUUCUUGGUGUGCACCAAGCCCAUAAUGGCACACUCCAGAGAGACAUCGAUUGUUUAUUUCAGAGCUGCCCCAGCCUGGGUGCUCGGUGCUAUUCCACAA